AAGGGUAUAUAUUCUUUAAACCUUUAGAAGUCACACGCCGUUGGCUCGUUCGGGUGUUUUCAUCUUUAGAGUUUUGAAUUGGAUGACAAUUUCUUCUUCAUUGUGCUGAAGACUUGAUAUAAGGAAAGAAGUUGUAAAAUUUAAAGGGCGUGUCGACAGAACGAAAAAACAUGGCUGCCUACGACACGGACGUAGAACAGCAUAGAAAGAAAUUAGCAGAGGAAGAAUCGAUGGACUCUGGGGACGAAAAUAUCGAGAGAGGAAACUGGUCAUCCAAACUCGACUUCUUGCUCUCCUGUCUGGGUUACGCCGUGGGUCUAGGAAACGUCUGGAGAUUUCCCUAUCUUUGUUACAGAAAUGGAGGAGGGGCGUUUUUCAUUCCUUAUUGUAUCGCCCUGGCAUUGCUUGGAAUCCCUAUAUUCUUAUUAGAGCUAGCCAUUGGACAGUACUCUAGCUCUGGACCAUUCACCUGCUGGAAAUUUUCUCCGAUAUUUACAGGAAUUGGCUAUGGAAUGUUUAUUGUAUCAGCCCUGGUGGCCAUUUACUACAAUAUGAUUAUCGCCUGGGCAUUCUUCUACCUCUUUGGUUCCUUCACCAGCGACUUACCAUGGCAAUCAUGUGGGGAUUGGAGUACAAAUCUAUGCUAUGACAAUGUCAAGAUCUUGAACAAAACAUUUGAAAAGUGCAAUGGGAACAACAGAUGGGGCAAAACAUGGGUAGCCAAUGAAACACAGGGCAUCUGCUAUGAGCCUGGACUUCUGAACAAAAAGGAGGGGGUUCGUGCUUACCUUGUCCCCGAACUGGCCAAAAACUACUUUCCAAGGACACUUCCCUCUCAGGAAUACUUCGACAACUAUGUAACCGGAUCUGGAUAUAGCACCGGAUAUGACGAUCUCGGAGGAGUCCGCUGGCAGCUUGCUCUGUGCUACCUUCUGGCUUUCAUCGUUGUCAUCCUCUCUCUCAGCAAGAGUAUCAAGUCAUCAGGAAAGGUGGUGUACUUCACGGCGACAUUCCCCUACGUGGUGUUGGUUAUCCUCCUGAUCCGAGGUUUAAUGCUGGAAGGAAUGGAGGAAGGAAUCAAAUUCUACAUCACACCCGACCUGACCAGAUUAAGUGAUGCACAGGUGUGGAAAGAUGCUGCCGUGCAGAUCUUUUUCUCCCUGUCCGCUUCAUGGGGAGGUCUCAUCGCCUUGGCCAGUUACAACAAAUUCCAUAACGAUCUGAUAAGGGAUACCCUGAUUGUAGCGUUUGGUAAUUGCCUGACCAGUGUCUUUGCGGGUUUCGUCAUCUUCUCCUACUUGGGCUACCUGGCCCAGUACAUGGAUCUGCCAGUAGCUGAUGUCGCCAAAAGUGGCCCGUCUUUGACCUUCGUCGUGUACCCAUUCGCCGUCACCAAAAUGCCCGUGUCUCCUCUCUGGGCCAUUCUUUUCUUUGUUAUGUUGAUCACACUGGGAGUAGACAGCGAGUUUGUCCUGGUAGAAACUGUACUCACAUCUUUAAUGGACCGAUUCCCCAAACUGCGUAAAUACAAGCUCUUCACCGUCAUGGUUACGUGCUGCCUUUUCUUUCUCCUUGGACUAACGUUAACGACAGACGGAGGUCUUUAUAUGUUAGAAAUCAUGGACACCUAUUCUGGUGGAUGGAGUAUUUUGUUCAUUGCCAUUUUCGAGUGUAUUUCCAUUGGUUGGGUUUACGGCAUCUUCCGGUUCUUGGACGACAUUAAGCUGAUGACGGGGAACAACUUCUGUCUGUGUUUCCCCUUCAUCAUAUUCAAAUACUGGUGGAUGUUGUGUUGGUGUCUACUUACCCCACUCCUGGCAGCCAUCAUUAUGGUAUUCUCGUGGGUGGACUAUACUGGAAUGGAUAACGGUAAAGAAUAUGACAUGUACGCAGAUUUGAUGGGAUGGGGAAUGACGCUAGUCACCAUUGUGUGUAUUGUCGGUACUGCCAUUUACGUCAUCAUCAAGUCAGGCGGGAGUAUAAAGAAAGCAGUACGACCUACCAUUGAGUGGGGACCAGCCUUGGUGAGGCACCGACGGGAAGCCGAAUAUCACACUAAGAGGUACACCACAGACUUCGUCAUAGAUCCGUGGGGACUGGAACCAGUUAACCCCAAAGACAUCCAACUACAGGUUGAAAAUAACAAGCCUGGGUUAGAAAAUACCGGCUAUGUACCACACAUUGAAGAUUCUUCAAAAUUCUAAACUGGUGGAUGGGAAACGUGGAAUAGACAACGAAGGAUUUUCCAAUAUUCGAGUUUGAAUUCUUUAAACGAAGGAAUGUGAUUGCUUCACGGCGGAAGGACAGCUAGAAAUUCUAAGGAAAAUGACUGAGAAUACCCAAAUACAUAUAUUUUACACAUAAUCAUUGAAAUAACGCAAUUCAUUUUAGCAAGAUCAUUUUUAUUCUGGAGCAUUUCAACACAAUCGUAAUGCGCACUUCUUGAAAGUUGACAAAAUUAUGUGACGUGGCAGUAUAUACCAUUGAAAGAAUAAGGAACUAACGUGUAUGAAAUGUUCCUUAAACUUAUAAGAAUUACGAUAUUCCAUUUUUUAAAGAAAAACUUUUCAAACGGCGUACAAUCUUUUUUUUUAAUCUUCGUGAUAAUAUACUGAAUAUGCAUAAUAAUGAGAAAUACCCGUACAUUUAAUAUAGUUUUUAUUAUAUGUUUUACUCUCUGUAAUAUUUCGUAUUGUUUGAAUUUAACUGGUGACUUUUCAAUAUUUAUGUUUUACAUAUAUUACAGCUGUUCAUUUUCUAUUACUUUAGUGCUUUUAACUUGUUUUACUAAUAUCAGAAGUAAUAAUUAGCAUGUAUUUUUAUUUUUGAUGGAGAUAUAUGAAUAAACGUUUUAAAGAUUUUA